AUGUCAUUAUCAUUAGAUGAAUUUAUUGAAAUUCUCGGUGAAAUGUAUCAUACAUCUUAUGAUACAAUUGAAACAAUAAAAUAUUAUUUAGAUGCAAAUGAUAUUAUUGAUUUUGAUACAAAUCUUAUUCAUUCAUCAAUAUUAACUGAUAGUCGUAUUGAUGAGGAAUUUAAAUUAAAUCUUCCAAUGAAAUUGAAUGAUUUAUAUCAAACAAUUAAAAAAUUAAAUGGUUUCAAAACAUUAGAUCAAUUCUAUAUUGAUUUUAAUGCAAAAGAAGAUAUUGAUGAACGAUUAAAUAAAAUUUGUAAAAAAAUUCAAGAUCAUUUAAAUUUACAUAGUUGUAUAACACGUGUUGUACUUAAAAUGAUUGCUGAACAUUUCAAUGGUACAAUACUUAUACCAUUUCUUAAUGAAUUUAAUAAAAUUCCACGUUUUAUAUCAAUUAUUGAUAUAUUUGAUGAUUUAAUAACAUCAGUUAUACGUGAAGAUGAUUUAAUUGAAUAUUUAACAAAACAUGCAAUGGCAAUCAAAGGAAUUUAUACUAAUUCUCCAUUAAAUAAUGAUGAACGUCGAAAUCUUAUUACAAAAAUCUUAUUGAAUCAACAAAAAGAUUAUCAUCGUUAUCUAUUCAUGAUACUUGAUGGAAUCUACAAUAAUUUUCUAAGGAGACUUCUUGAUACAUUAGCUUCUAUUCUUGUUGAUUAUGCUGAUCCAAAAUAUGAACAUGAACUUUCAUCUUUAAUUACAAUACAUGAUAUUAUUUCACAAGAACGUUUUAAAACUUUAUUAAAAUUAACGAAUAAUAAAAUUAAUUUUGAAGAACUUUCUACAAUUAUUCUUCCAAAACAACAAGUAAUUGAAUGUAAAACUUUGCUUGAUUCAUUUCAUCAACGUAUUAAUUAUCGACAAAAACGUUUUAAACGCAUUGAAAAUUUACAAAAACUUCUUCUUUCAUCCAUAUUAAUUGAAAAAUUUCUAGAAAUGAUUUCAGACUUAGUGUCACCUAAUCAUUUACAUAUUCUCGAACCAAUUAUUGAAAAAUAUUCUAUAUUUUUAAAAACAAUUAUUAUUAGAAUUAUUUCAAAUAAAGAACAUUGUGAGAAAGUCAAUGAAAUUUUAUUAUCCAAUACGGAUUAUUAUUUAUCAACAGAAGAAGUUCUUAAAAUUUGUGCUUAUGAACAAAUAUUAGAUAUAAAUGAUCAAUUGCAUCAUCAACAAAAAUCAUCAAUUGAUAUAAGUGUAGAAAAUACAAAAGAAGAAUCUAAUAAGAAAUCUUUAAUUUUGAAUAUCAAUGAACAAGAUGCUGAUCGUAAAAGUGCAGGAGUAAAUCUUAGCAGAAUGACAAGAUUAGAUUUACGAGAAACUAGUCUUACACUUCAAUCCAUACUUGAUUGUUAUACUCUAAGUAUGUCUAUGUAUACUCAUGAUUCUGUUCUUCGACAUAAAAUAGAACAAACAAUCAUAAUAACUAUAUUUGAUUAUAUUCUUCAUUUUAAUCAUCGAACUAUGAUCAAUGAACAAUUAAGAAAAUUAUUUAAUGGAUUUAAACCUUUGGCUGUUUAUAAAGCUCAAUUAUUAAUUGAAAAAGAAUUGAUAGUUAUUAAAUUAUUAUUAAACAUACGUAAACAACAAGCAUCAUUAACAAAUGGUGAUCUGCAUAGAUAUCUUGAAUCAUAUCCAAUACCAUGUCGAUUAUGA